AUGGGUAUGGAAGUUUGCAGCAGAGAAAGAGUCCUGGAGGAAUAUGCUUUGAAGACUGGGAAGGGGAAUUCUGUGCAGUUCUGGAAUGAUGUGUGGCUGGGAGAAGUUCCUCCGAAAAUUCAGUUUCCUAGACUUUAUGUUCUUUCGAGUAACAAAUCGGGUAAAGUGAUGGAGUUUAGGGUGAGCAAUGGGGCUAGCUGGGUGUGGGACAUUCAAAUGAGGCGAAAUUUGUCAGAUUGGGAGGUUGAUCAGUUGUUGCAGUUGAUUGCUAUGUUGAACAAUAUUUCUUUAUCUCCACGUGAAGAAGACUGUUGGAUUUGGUCAGGGAAUGGAGAGGGUUGUUUUUCAGCUAAAUCUUGUAUCAACAUUUUCUAUGAUCAAGAUGGUAGUGAGCAGAAGAGGGUGAUCUGGGAGAGGCAUAUUUGGGUUGGGAUUGCUCCUCCACGGGUGGAGACAUUUGUUUGGCAAGUUGCUCAUCAGAGAAUCGCGAUUAAGGAGGAAUUACUGAAGAGAGGUGUGGUUGGGAUUGACGGUCCUUUAUGUUCUUUGUGUGGUAGGGAAGUGGAAUCAGUUAUGUAUCUCUUUUUGCAUUGCGAGGUAGUUUGGGGUUUGGGGUCUAAAUUUUUGAAUAUCUGGGAUUUGUCCUUUGUGAUCCCAAAUAACAUCAUUGAUUUUUUGAAUUUGUGGGAUGAUUUACUCCCGAACUCGGUGAUCUGGAAGUUUAUUCCAAGGGCGUUGAUGUGGUCAUUGUGGAAAUGCAGAAACGAGAUCAUUUUUCAUAAAGUAAAGCUGGAUGGGGUGAGACUGUUUUUUAUUGUUUGUUUUAGAAUAGCUUCCUGGUUUGUUGCAAAGUUCAAGGAGGUGCAUAUCCCUUUAGACUCACUUGUGGGUGAUUUAAAACUUGUUGAUUUAGUGGGAAGACAGGGAAAUGGUAAUCUCCAAUCAAGUUGUUGGGUUCCUCCUCCAAAUGUGUUCUUAAAGCUAAAUGUUGAUGGAGCGAUGACAAAGGGCUUGGAUAAGGGAGGUAUUGGUGGUCUGAUUCGGGACAGCAAGGGCAUGUUGCUUAAAUGGUUUUCAGAAAGAGUUGGGGGUGGUCCUUCUAUCUUGGCAGAAUUAUUGGCGAUUAAGAAGGGGUUAUGUUUCUUGGCAGAUUUAAGUUCUGUUCUGAAUCAGAGGUUUAUUCUUGAAUCAGAUUCAAGCAAUGCUCUGAAGUGGAUUAAGAAUCCGGGGUUAUGCACUCCUAUGUUUCAAUUAUUGGUGAAGGAUAUAGUCUCUCUUAUGGCAGGGAAGGAUAUCAUUAUUAGGCAUAUCUUGAGGACUGCAAAUUGGGAAGCUGAUAAAUUAGCUAAAGAUGGGAUAGGGUGA